UUCUCGUGAACCUUUGAGUAUAUCAAUGUGAGAGGUGUUUAAUUUACAACCACAUGCAGAGAGAAGCGUAUUAAUGGAAGCUAAGCUACUACAUCCAAAUGCCUCAACUGAACUAUUCACACGCCUACACAUUAUCUCUGUCCCCACCUACCUCUCCUUUAACCUUCAAAGAUUUCAUCUUUAACCAUUAAUCCAAUUCUUAAUCUCUCUUAUCUUCAACUUCUUCUAAUUGUUUUCAUUCAUGUCAGCCAUGGAAGCUCUCAGAGUUUCUCCUGUUCAUUCUCUUGGCUUUCCAUCAAGACUAGACAAAACCCAAUUCACAAAACUCUUUUGCUCGAGCUUUAAUCCAAUACCCAGUUCGAAUUCCGUGUCAAAAUCCAAGCUUUUCACUGCCAUUUCAUCUUCUGUUUCCACAGAACUUUCUGACCCUUUUAAGCCUGAGGUUGAAACUCAAACCCCAGAUGGGAAAUUUGAUUGGUAUGCUCAUUGGUAUCCGAUUAUGCCGGUUUGUGACUUGGAUAAGAGGAGGCCACAUGCUAAGAAAGUAAUGGGUCUUGAUGUGGUUGUGUGGUGGGAUAGGAAUGAGAGUGAAUGGAAGGUGUUUGAUGAUAGUUGUCCUCAUAGAUUGGCUCCUUUAUCAGAAGGAAGGAUUGAUCAAUGGGGGAGAUUACAGUGUGUCUACCAUGGUUGGUGCUUUAAUGGCUCUGGUGACUGCAAGUUCAUCCCUCAAGCACCUCCAGAUGGCCCUCCGGUUCACACUUCCAAGAAAGCAUGUGUUUCUGUUUAUCCAAGCACUGUGCAGAAUGGCAUUGUAUGGUUUUGGCCUAACACUGAUCCCCAAUACAAAGAUAUUAUAACAAAGCAAAAACCACCAUACAUUGCAGAAAUGGAUGAUCCAUCAUUUACUAAUUCGAUGGGAAACAGAGAUAUUCCAUACGGAUAUGAGGUCUUGAUAGAAAAUCUCAUGGACCCUGCACAUGUUCCUUAUGCUCAUUAUGGUCUAAUGAGGAAUCCACAGAGAAAGAAUAAGGCUGAUAGAGAAGGUGGCAUACCCUUGGAAAUGGCUGUGGAGAAUUUUCACCCUAACGGUUUUAAUGGAAGGCGGGAGCCUGGAAUUAACAAAUUUUUUGCACCAUGUGUUUUUUAUUCUUCUUUGCCUCUUGGUGGAUCAACAAAGCAAGAUAAUGGGGCUGCUUCCUCAACUGGAACCAAGAAGGAAUCAUCAGUACAGAAGAGAAUGGUGUUAGUUUUUAUUUGCAUACCAGUUAGUCCAGGUAAGAGCAGAUUAAUAUGGACUUUCCCAAGAAACUUUGGGGUAUGGAUCGACAAAAUUGUGCCGCGAUGGAUGUUUCAUGUUGGUCAGAAUUUGAUUCUGGAUUCAGAUUUGCAUCUGCUACAUGUUGAGGAGCGUAAGAUAAUGGACGUUGGCUCUGCCCAGUGGCAGAAGGCAUGUUUUGUGCCAACAAAGUCGGAUGCUCUUGUGAUUGCUUUCAGAAAGUGGCUGAACAAGCAUGCCGGUGGCCAAGUUGACUGGAAAGGCAAAUUCAGUGGAGCUCUUCCACCAACUCCUCCAAGAGAACAGCUUAUGGACAGGUAUUGGACUCAUGUGGUUAACUGCAGCAGUUGCAAUGCAGCAUACAAGGGUCUCAAUGUCCUAGAAGUUGUGUUGCAAGUAGUCUCCAUAGCUCUACUUGGAGUUGUUGCAGCAACCAAGCAAAGCCUAAAAUCCAUGGUUGCAAAGUCUGCUAUGGUUUCAAUAUCACUUCUUUGCUUUGCAGCUUCAAAAUGGUUGUCUCACUUCAUCCACAAAGUCUUUCACUACCAUGACUACGACCACGCUUUUCGUUAGUAUGCAUAUUUUGCCAUAGUUUUACUGUAAAUACUAUAUAAUGAAUGAGAAGUUGGCUUUUAUAGCAUCCUCCAUGACACUGUAAAUUGUUCAUGGUUGUUCAAUGAACAGGUUCAAAAUCAUUCUAUGAUGACAACAAA